AUUACCCAAAAUGGCCGCCUCUAGUUGCGAAAUUAGGGCGAUCUCGCAUCAACGCGUACUCGGAACGUUAACUGCCGUAGUUGUGCGUCCGGAGCAACGAUCUGAGCGGUUUGGCUUCGCAAUGAUAGCUUGAGCCAAGAUAGUCGCAUUCACCCGCAGGGCCAUCGACGCCAAAAGUGUGCGCGAUCUUUCGCAAUGGACUCCGAAGUGUCAACAACGACCGAGUCUUCGCAACUAGAGCACGCCGACGAAGAAGCGACGGCGGUCGCGGACAGCAGCAGCGUGCCAGUGCAGAGCGACAAUGGAGCCGUCAGUUCGUCAUCAGCGGGUGACAGCAAUCCGGAGCCGAUGCAAACCGACGGCGAACCCGCCGAUGGCUCCGAAGUGUCGUCGUCCAAGACGGACUCGUCACGCGCGUCGUUCAAAAUGCCGCUGAUCGGACCCAGACCGGGAAAGCAGAAAGUGCUCACGACGGGCAUCAAGCCUUUGGCGCAGUGCAUCGAACUGCCAAGUCCUUCGUCGUCUGCAGAAAGCGGGGAGCCCCAGGAGACCGCGGAGUCCGCGACGUCGAGCUCGAAACCGACACCUACUGAUGCGCCGUACAACGAGCCUCCUUGGAGUGGCGUUCCAGACCGGGAGUACAAAUUCCAAGUACUCAAGGCGGGUGUCAUCGUGUCAAACUUUCCACUGGACAAGCCUUACAUUGUCAUUGGUCGCAAGGACGAUUGUGACAUUGUUCUGGAGCACCCGUCCAUAUCGCGAUACCAUGCUGUGGUGCAGUUCAGGACUGGGGAACCGGGAACGUCAGGUUUCUACCUGUACGACCUCGACAGCACACACGGCACGUGUGUGAACAAGCAGCAAGUGCGAGCUCGUUCUUACAAGCGGCUCCGAGUUGGGUACAUGGUCAAGUUUGGUGGCAGCACAAGGAACUUCAUACUCGAGGGACCAGACGAUGACCAGGAGGACGAAUCCGACCUUACGGUCACGGAAAUAAAAGAGCUGCGCAAAAAGCAGGAAGAGGAGGCCCGGCAGAGGGAAGCCGAAGCCAAGGCUAAAGCCGAAGCCGACAAGGCCAAGGAAGAUGAAGGUGGCGUUGACUGGGGAUUGGGAGAUGAUGCGGAAGACGAAGAUCCAUCGUCUGAGAACCCAUUUGCACUGGCAGGCAACAACGAAGACUUGUACAUAGACGACCCGAAGAAAACUCUUCGGGGUUGGUUUGAACGUGAAGGAUAUGAGCUGCAGUACAACGUGGAAGAGAAAGGCUACAGCCAUUUUGUCUGCACUGUUGAGCUGCCCAUUGACACUGCAAGUGGAGCCCCAGCCAUAGCCGAGGCAUCAGUGAAGGGCAAGAAGAAAGAGGCUGUCAUCGCAUGUGCACUCGAGGCAUGUCGGAUUCUGGACCAGCACGGAGAGCUCCGGAAAUCUUGCCACGAGGCUCGCAAGAGGAAAGAGAAGAACUGGGAGGAGAACGACUUCUACGACAGUGACGAGGACACCUUCCUCGACCGGACGGGCACCAUUGAGAAGAAGCGCGAGAUGCGGAAGAAGAUGGCACGCAAAGAGGCCCCGGAGGUCGACACGUACGACACCCUGUUGGAGAAGCUGCGGAUCGUUGAAGAGCAGAUUGGACAAGUCCAGGCCAAGCUGGAAGAGAGCAAGAGGGCGUCCGAGCGUGCCGAGAACGAAGCCGACGACUCGCUGGAGGCGUUCAUGAGUGCGCUCAAGUCUCGCUCGCUGGAGGACAAGACGCAGAGGUCGAGGUGGCGGCAGGAACUGGCUGGCCUGCUGCAAGAGCGGCUCAGGCUCACACGCGUUGCCAACAUUGCUAAGCCCGCCCACUUGCCACCGCUGACCGGUGGAUUGCUAAAGCCACAAGCCAAAGGUGAGGAGCAAGGUUCAAAGAAGGUUCUCCCAAUGACGGGGUCCCUCAAGAACAGGAAGAAAUUGGUCAUGCCGGAGCCCGAGAGAAGGGUUGUUGCAUGCUCGUCUAGUCAAGACGAUGAGGAGGAAGAGGAAGAAGACGACGAACAAGACGAAAAAAAAGACGGAGCCAAAGAUGGUGCAGGUGCCAAGUCCGAGGCCGAAGCUAGCCGCAGCACGGACGUAGCCAUGGACGAGACGUCGGAUGACAGCAAAACGCCCUCGAGUCAAACAACGGAUGAGCAGGUUGAGAAGGACGCAGCCAAAUCCGAAGACAAGUCCCCAUCCAAAGCCAACAUGGAGGAAGCAGAGAAGAAGCCGGUCAUCAUUGGUCCCGAGAGGCCCCCCAUGGUGCUGGAGUUUGUCAAGAAGACGUCCAAGAUCAUUCGGACGCCUGAGAAGAAGAAUAAGGAGGGCCAGAAGAAGAAGAAGCAGUCAUUUGAGAGUUUAGAUGACUAUGUUGGGUGGCUUCCCCCGGAAGGCCAGUCCGGGGAUGGCAAGACGCACCUCAACGCCAAGUACGGCUACUGAGCAUCGUCGGCUUGGAAAAGGCAUGGCAGCUAUGUCGUCAUGCACGUCCAUUUCACAUCAACACCUUUUACAAAAGGUGCCCGUGUAAAUAAGCAGCAGAAAACACCAGUAUCAGGAAUAAAGACGCUUUUGUUGGUCAAAAGUUUCUUAUUUUCCAUCCAGUAUUAAACCCCCCACUGAAGAAGCAGUGGGCACAGGGUCCGACUGCAUCAUCAGACUUGGCUGUACAAGUGUUAUUUACAUGGGGAGGACACGCAACAGAAAGGAACUACAAGGGCACAUCAAGUUAUC